AUGCUCUACACUCACGCGACCAUUAUCACCGUGGACCCCGCGCGGCGCAUCAUUGAAGACGGUGCGAUCUAUGUGCGGGACAACAUCAUUGCGGACCUCGACGCGACAAGUGUACUUCGGAGAAGAUAUCCCCACGAAAGAGAGUACGACCUUAGCGGGCACGUCGCCAUCCCGGGGCUCAUAUCAACACAUAUGCAUACUAUCCAGGCACUACUACGGGGCACAGCAGACAACCAGGUACUAGGGUCUUGGCUAGAGGAUGUAGUUCGUCCCCUGCAGUGUACCAUGACAGCUGAAGAGGCCUCGGUGGCAGUGCAAUUGAGUGUGGCAGAGAUGCUCAAGUCCGGGACGACAUGUUUCCUAGAGAGCAUGUUCUUGGAACAUCAUGACUUUGACCAGCUCUGUCGGGUGGUCCAGGAUAGCGGUGUCAGAGGCUGUUUAGCCCGGAGGGCCCCCCUGCCUGCUCCGGCCAAUAAUGCUACUGAUCGUUCCAUAGCCAACGUAGUGCAAUCGUGGAGGAGAUGGAAUGGCGCAGCAAAUGACCGGAUUCGGAUCUGGUUCGGGGCUCUCACCCCAGGACUUACCUCCGAUGAUCGAUUCAAAGAGAUGACAGCAGUCGCUCAUUCCCAUGGUAUCCCAAUUACAAUCCACUGCGCAGAAUCCCAACUACAAUACAACUCCUUUGCCUCACUUGGCCAUACGCCCGUUUCCUGGGCCGAGUCGGUAGGGCUGUUGUCUCCAUCGACGGUGCUGGCACACAUGGUCCAUCUGGACAAAAUCAAUGACAUCCCCAAGCUAGCCGCCUCGGGGGCUCACAUUGCGCAUUGCCCGACCUCGAAUGCCAAACUGGCGUCAGGAAUCGCACGGGUGCCAGACCUAGUAGCAGCCGGUGUGAAUGUCAGUAUCGGCGCAGAUGGGGCCCCCUGUCAGAAUACCUGCGACUUGUUGCAAGAGCUGAAGCUGGCCGCAAUCGUCCAGAGGAGUGUAUCCCAUAAUCCGGGUCUUUUUCGCGCAGAGACUAUCCUUGAGAUGGGAACAAUCAAUGGAGCAAGGGCCUUAGGUCUUGCAGACCAGAUAGGAAGCCUGGAAGUCAAUAAAAGGGCAGAUUUUGUCGCUCUAGAUAUGCGGAAGCCGCACCUACAGCCUUGCAUUAAUCCAGUCAGUAACGUGGUGUAUUCUGCGACUGGACGUGAUGUGAGCGUGGUUGUAGUGGAUGGUCAGCUGGUAGUAGACCGUGGGAAAUUAUUGACCAUGGACGAAGAGGCUAUUAUAGAAGCAGCCAAGCAGAAGAGCUACAGUAUCUUAGAGAGGGCUAAUCUAAUGGACCAAAUACGGUCCAUAUGGCCAGUAAGCCAGUCUCGAUAG